UAGCUCAGCUGGUAGAGCGCAUGGCUUUUAACCAUGUGGUCGAAUGUUUUCAACUUUUGUGUCUGAUAUUUUUCCGACGCCAUUAGCUACUCCACCCACCACCCUCAAAAAAUUGUAUCCCCUCGAUUGGUCAUUUCAUCCAUGGCGUUUCUAUCAGUCCCCAACAUUUUCUCUUUGGCUGGUCCUUCAAUUCCAUCUCGUUGCUCGACUCCAUCAGCAUAUCAGCAUUCAUUGCAGCUGAAGUCAUCCAGCAGACUAAACCUCCCCGCAUUAUGCACCAGUUACGAAGUCGGCGCAGCAUUUUUGGCCGAGGAAUUCGGUGCUCAAAAUGGAAGAGCGGAAAAUCCUGGACCUGAAAGUGGCAAUUUUGAUAGCUCUCAGUAUGAAGUUAUUCUUAAAGGCGGUGAACAAGUUACCUCCGUUCUUGAAGAAAUGGCCAAACUAUUGGAAGAUAUGAAGAUGGAUGAAGCAUCUGAGGAGGUGGCAGUGCGAUUGGCUGCACAAGGAGUGAUUGGGAAGAGAGUUGACGAAAUGGAGUCCGGGUUCAUGAUGGCCCUUGAUUACAUGAUCCAAACUGCUGAAGAGGACCAGGAUGACAAGCGCAAAUCACUCUUGGAAGUUAUCAAGGAGACUGUAUUAUCCCAUCUUACCAAGAAGUGCCCCCCUCAUGUUCAAGUGAUAGGCCUGCUCUGCAGAACUCCCCAAAAAGAAAGCAGGCAUGAAUUGCUCAGGCGAGUAGCUGCCGGUGGUGGAGUAUUUCAAAGUGAGAAUGGCACAAAAGUCCAUCUUCCUGGGGCAAAUUUGAAUGAUAUAGCUAACCAGGCGGAUGAUAUUCUGGAGACAAUGGAAUCUCGUUCUGUUGUUCCUGACAGGAAGUUACUAGCAAGGUUAGUUUUAAUCAGAGAAGAAGCUAGGAACAUGAUGGGAGGCGGAAUACUUGACGAAAGAAAUGAUCGUGGCCUGAACACGCUUCCUGAAUCAGAGGUGAACUUUUUAACUAAACUUGUUUCCCUAAGACCAGGGAAAACUGUACGCAAGAUGAUAAAAAACGUGAUGCUAGGUAAAGAAGAAGGUGCAGACAGUUCAGAUGAUGAAGUUAGUGCUGCUGGUGGAAUUGCAGGAGGGGCAAGUGUAAGUGGGCGAAAACCAUUACCUGUGCGCCCUGGCAUGUUUCUUGAGACAGUUACAAAGGUGUUAGGUGGCAUAUAUGGAGGAAAUGUCUCUGGAGUCACAGCACAGCAUCUUGAAUGGGUGCAUCAGAACACACUUCAAAUACUUCAAGAGAUUGCAUUCUAGUUGUUCCUUGCAUUACUUCCCAGGAACUCCCAGAGACGAAAGCCGAUUAAUCCUGCCUACAUAUCUUGGAAGCUUGUGUAAAUUUGGGGUGGGGGCGCUGGAUUUUGCAUCUUAUACAGCAGUCUCGAGUCUUGUUUAGUUCACAAAGAAUUUUAGAAUACUUAUGUAUAGUUGUCAUACGAACAGCAAGGAGUAGUUAGAAGGAAAAAAGUAGAAUUUGAAAUAAAAUUCUGAGACAUCUACUGUUGGGAACACCUAAAGCAGAACACAAGUACCGAAGGUGUAGAUGUUAAAAGACUUGACACAACGCAAA